AUGCUAGAUAUUAAUACAAAUUUGAGUGAAAUCGAACGACAUCAAAUAUUAUGGUUGGACACAACUGAAAAGAAUUCUGACACUUGUAAGAGACAACGAUGUAACCUAAAUUUGAUCGUGACAUAUACCAGUAUCGAAGAAUGUGAAGAAUAUAUCCGACACAAUGAACACUAUCGAAUUACUCUGAUUGUCAAUGAUCCAGUAAAAGCUGAGACAAUCACAAAGUUGAGCGAAUUAGAAUCAGUUACAGCUAUUUACUUUCGUACUUCUGAGAAUGCAACAGACAAAUCAGAGGCAUCUCAAUUGAAAAAUAUAUGGCACGUUACAACAUCACUAGAUAUCGAUAAUCUCAUCGAGAGAAUCAAAAGCGAUGAGAAGAAGAGAACUCGUGCAUCUGAAUCGCUCGUAUUCAAUAUCUUUCAAACGGAUAGUUCAAGUCCACAUGAGAUGACCUCUACUGAAAUUAACGGCGAAUUUCUUCAUUCACAACUUCUUCUCGAUUCUCUUCUUACUAUGAAAGUCUCGAAUAAUGAGCUAAGUUUAGCGAUUGCACAUUGUCGUACAGAGUAUGAGAAUAGUCCAAGUGAUUUGUCUAAAAUUGAUGAAUUUCAAUCAAACUAUUCGAGUGAGCAAGCACUUAACUGGUAUACACAAGACUCUUUUGUCUAUCGCAUAUUGAAUAGGGCCUUUCGUUCUCAGAACAUCGAUGUACUCUAUCUCAUGCGUUUCAUCAUUCGGGAUAUUUACAAACAACUUACUGAGCAACAAAAUGAAGCAACAAUGUCGAGCGAUAAAGUUUAUCGGGCACAGUUGAUUUCGAAAGAAGAACUCGAAAAUUUCGUAAUUGGUAAUCUCGUAUCCAUGAAUUCGUUUUUCUCUACAACUCUUACACGCGCGUAUGCCUUAUUCUUACUGGCGUCUGGUCAAAUUCGGCAUCAGGAUUUAGCAUAUGUGCUCUUUGAAAUCAAUAUAAGUCGACGUUUGGCUGGUGCAAAGCCCUUUGCCGACAUCACGACGAAAAGUGCAUUUCCUGUUGAGUCGGAAAUCUUGUUCAUGGCUGGUAGUAUCUUUCGUAUUGUUGAUAUACAACUGGAAAACAAUGAUGUCUGUGUGGUAAAACUAGUUCUGUGUGGCGACGAUGAUCACAAUUUAAAGACACUGUUUGAACAUAUGCGCGAAGAUAUACCACCGGAAUGUACUUCAAUAGCUUACGGUAUUGUUCUUGCUAAUGCUAGUAAAUUGGAACAAGCUGAACGAUUUUUUCGUAAUGUUUUGAAUGAGUUGCCUAUUGACGAUCCUCUCAUCACGCAUUGUUAUCAUCAAUUGGGCAAUGUACUGGAUGAUAAGGGCGAAUUCGAGGAAAGUCUUGAUUAUUUCGAAAAAGCUCUAGCAAAAAAACUUGAAACGCUUAAUGAGGAUGACCCACGUCUAGCAAAUACAUAUACAUGUUGUGGUGUCGGUUAUCUUAGAAAAAAUGACCUUAAGCGUGCAAUUUUCUCGUAUCAAAAAGCACUAGACAUCUAUAAGAAUGCAUACGGCCAUGAUCAUGAAGAUGUUGCCAUGUGCCUUUUCAAUAUUGGAGAUGUCAACAUAUUCGAGAAUAAAUUUGAAGAUGCACUUGAAAUGUUUCAACAGGCAUUGAACAUCUGGAUGAAAUGCCUUCCCGAAAACCAUCCAGAUUUGGCUCGCUCUCAUAUGGCCAUCGGUAAUGCAUACGUGCAGCUCUUACAUUGCGAUCAAGCUUUAAUGCAUUAUGAUACAGCGCUCAAAAUAAUGCUAAAUUCUCUUCCAUCUGAUCAUCACGAGCUAGCUGCAUUACACGAUAAACUGGGAAAUCUCUAUUAUUCUACUGGGGAUAACGAGCAUGCACAAGAGCAUUUCGAACAGGCACUCUUAAUUAAACGGAAGCAUUAUUCAUCAGAUCACUCGAGCAUGGUUGAUACUUAUCAUGCCAUAGGAUUAAUCUACAAGGAUAGCGGUGACUAUCAGCGAGCAGUCGAACUACUAGAACAAGCAGUAGCUAUCCACAGAAAUAUACUACCACCUGAACACGAAAGUUCGAUUCAACUUCUUCAAGAUUUGACAGGGGCGAAAGCUGCUUUAACGUCGAUGAUGAGUGAGUUGGCAUAA